CCAUUGAAUCCCUGUUAAACCCACCUCAAAUGUAUUAAACAUACGAAAAUUACCUAAGUAAGUGGGGUUUUGGGUUUCUUUUACUAAACCCACCUCACAGCUGUGCAUGGAAUACGACGAUAACAGCAAUACAAGCAGUCAAUACAACGAUGAUGAUGGCGAUGAGAACCAAAUUGUGCAGCAACAAUAUUUCCAGAAACACAAAAGAAUUGUUUUGGUAUGAUAUUCGAAACUUUCCUGAUUCGUUGCUUAUAGAAAUUCUUGCUAGAUUACCCGUGAAAUCUAUUUUUAGUUUUAAAAGUGUGUGCAAGCAUUGGCAAACCCUAAUUUCCCACCCUUCCUUCUGCCGAUUCUAUUACUCCAUUCUCAAUUCAUCCUCGCGGCCUCUCAGAAUCUUGUAUAGGUACACUUGGCUACCGAACUUCAAGGAGUUUGUUAAUCGUCUUGGUACUGAAAUCCACAGUUCGUCCGAAUUCUCUGUUCUUUUCCUUUCUACCCCUGAAGAACAAUUACUAUACGAUCAGUUUAGGGUUUUAUCUAUGAGUAAUGGUUUGGUUUUGUGUUGCUGGCGUUCGCCAACACCAUUUGAUUACUACAUCUGUGAUCCACUCACUCGACAAUGGAUCACUUUACCUAGACGUGGACCCAAGUAUCACGAGUUCUUCAAGGAAGGGCUUAUUACUAGGGUUAAUGAAGAUCAUAUGCUUACUAGUUAUAUAGUUGUGAUGUUAAAACUUUUUGAAUCGAAUUAUCUAAAUUUAGAGAUUUUUUCAUCCGAAACGGGCAAAUGGAUCUCCUACAAGCUACCUUGCCCUAUUCCUAUCCAACUGCAGGGACUGUCCGAUGGCCCAUUCUAUUGUUAUGGGGCUCUCCAUUGGGAAGUUAGUUAUGAUGAGGGGAUUGAUGGCCUGCUUGCGUUUGAUCCUGACAAAGAUCCAAAAUCUGUUCGCCUAAUUUCACUCCCAAAUGACAGAGAUCUCAAAAGUGGGCGUAACUACAUGGGAGCUUGUCAAUUAUGUGGUGAGAGCCAAGGGACCCUUCGUUAUUUUGAGGUGGCUCAUGGUCGCAAGCAGUUCUAUUUGUUCAGCAUGUGGUCUAUGAAGGAUUAUGAGAAAGGAGAAUGGUGUUGUGAGUUUAAGGUGAGACGUAAUGACCUUCAUUCUAAUGAUCUGGAAUUGAGUAAUUGGUUGUUGGACGGAUGGUUUCUUCCUUUAUCGUUUCAUCCGUUGAAUCCAAAUGUUGUGUAUUUGAUUUGCAUGGAUCCUCGGCGUAUUGUGUCGUAUAAUAUUCUGAAUAGAAGGCUGUAUUUUGAUUGUAAACCGAUUGACCACGGUCAAAGUGUUGGUUCUGUGAUCCCAUUUGUGUUACCUACAUGGCCGGUGCUUGUUCCAAAUGCCCGUGUUAAAAGCAACAAAGAGAAGGUUGUUGAAGCAAUCACAUAUUACAAAAACGCCCUUGCACUCUCAACAAUAAGCUUAAGUACCUAAUCAUUAAUUUUACAAAGCUCGGUUAAAAAUA